GGGGCGCUUUGGGAAAAGUGUGACUUUUAGCAUUAUACCUUCCAAAACUCAUUGUCAUCCCGCGUCCCUUCCCCCGCACCCAUCGUAAAUCGCGCCUAUAAAUAACUGGACAGAGACAGAAGGGAUCCCAGCUGGCCUGGCGGCGGCUGCUGCUACUAUCACUCCCCAGCAGACGUGGGUCCGAUGCGGGCAGCAGCGCCAGGGUGGGCCACCCGCGCCCUCGAUACGCCUAGCGACUGCUCUCUCUCGGCAGCCUGCCUGCUCCAGGCUGAGCUGGUAAACUAUGAACGCGUCAAGGAGUAUUGCCUCAAAGUCUUGAAGAAAGAAGGGGAGAACUUCAAGGCCCUUUACCGGUCUGGUGUGGCCUUCUACCACCUUGGGGACUAUGACAAAGCACUCUACUACCUGAAAGAAGCAAGGACCCGACAGCCAACAGACACCAACGUGAUUCGGUAUAUCCAGCUGACGGAGAUGAAGCUCAGCAGAUGCUCCCAGAGAGAGAAGGAAGCCAUUUAACUACAACACCUCUCUAGACUUGCACUUGCGCCCGACCCUGGACUUGUAGGCAUCCCCUGACAGAGAGCCCCUU